UAGCUUCCUUUCUUUUCUACUCUCAUUGGUCAAUUUCCUCCGGCCAAGCUACUUCACCGCUCGGAGAUUUAAGUUUGAUUGACGUCGAUCUUACGACGGGAUCCGGUGGUGAUCGGUGAUGGAGAACGUAGACGUAUUCCCCGGGCUGCAUGAUUUUUUCGACCGGAUGCGUAAACCCUCCGCCGGAGAUUUCGUCAAAUCCAUUAAAAGUUUCAUUGUCUCAUUCUCCAACAAUGCUCCAGACCCAGAGAAAGACAGCGAGGCAGUUCAGGAGUUCUUUACCAAGAUGGAAGCUGCUUUCAGAGCUCAUCCACUUUGGUCCGGUUCUUCUGAGGAGGACUUAGACAGUGCUGCAGAUGGACUAGAGAAGUAUGUCAUGACAAGGUUAUUUACGCGUGUAUUUGCAUCGAACACCGAGGAUGUAAUCUCCGAUGAGAAACUCUUUCAGAAGAUGUCCUUAGUUCAGCAGUUUAUUUCUCCUGAAAGCUUGGAUAUACAACCUACUUUCCAAAACGAAACAUCAUGGCUGCUAGCUCAAAAAGAGCUCCAGAAGAUGAAUAUGUACAAAGCUCCUCGUGAUAAGCUGAUGUGUAUCCUUAGCUGCUGCAAAGUGAUCAAUAACUUACUGCUAAAUGCUUCUAUUGCGUCUAAGGAGAAUGCACCUGGAGCCGACGAGUUUCUUCCUGUUCUCAUUUAUGUUACCAUAAAGGCUAACCCUCCACAGUUUCACUCAAACUUGUUGUACAUACAAAGAUACAGGCGUCAAUCUAAGCUGGUUGGGGAAGCUUCCUACUUCUUCACGAACCUGCGCUCUGCAGAGUCUUUCAUCUCAAAUAUUGAUGCAAAGUCUCUUUCUAUGGAUGAAUCUGACUUUGAAAAGAAAAUGGAAUCUGCACGAGCGCGUCUCUCUGGUCUUGGAAGCCAGUCUUAUCAUACGGAUCACGGCGCUGCACCCACUGCUCAUAAUCCCAAGAGGGAAACCACGCUUCUGCAAUCACAAUCGUCUGGUAGUCUUUCUGGAACCAACGAAACACUGAAUCAGAGAAGUGAACUGCCGAUAAAGAAAGCUGAAUCCAUUUCGGAUUUGGAAAAUAAAGGCGCUGCCACGCUUUUGAACGAUAACAGCGAGGCGAGCAAGAUCUUGAAAGAGUAUCCUUACGUGUUUGCCAGUGCUGGUGAUUUGAGGGUAGGAGAUGUUGAAGGGCUGCUAAAUGAUUAUAAACAGCUCGUUUUCAAAUAUGUCUGCCUCUCCAAAGGCUUGGGUGAUGCAGCAACAUCUUUGGCUUCAUCAAGUUCACCAUUGCAACCGUCUACUGAAACUGAAACUGAGGAUCGUGCAACAUUGUCUUCAGAUGUUCAAACGAAAACCGAAACUGACAGGAGCGUUGAUGAUUUGAUGCGAGCUUUACAAGGGGAAGGGGAUAAUGUUCAUAAACUUUCAGAUGUAAAACAAGAAGAUUAUAGUGAAGAUGCUAGUCUAACGGCGAAUAUGGAAGGGAUUGGAUUACGUGGAGAGAUUCUCCGUCUCGGGCUUACGCCACACCGUGGCGUCUGCGGCCGCUCUCCGGUCCUCCGGCGAGCUAUGGUGGUAAAGAUGAGAGACCGCAGCAAGAACAGGAAGCCACUGCAGAGAGGUCGCAUGCUCAGUAUCGAAGCGAUUCAAGCCGUUCAAGCCCUGAAGCGAGCUAAUCCUCCUCCUCCUCCUUCAACGUCUCCGUCUUCCUCCUCAUCGAUGCUCCAUCGCGUAAUCGAUUCCAAAAUCCGCCGGCUCUUGAAAUUCGAUAUGGUCGCCGUUCUCCGGGAGCUAUUACGCCAGAACGAGUGCUCUCUAGCUCUCAAGGUUUUCGAAGAGAUUCGAAAGGAGUAUUGGUACAAGCCUCAGGCGAGACUGUACGCAGAUAUGAUCAGUGUAAUGGCGGAUAACAAUCUCCUCGACGAGGUCAACUACCUUUACGCAGCUAUGAAGUCAGAGAAGGGAUUAGUGGCUGACACUGAGAGCUUCAACACGCUCUUGGUGGUGCUUCUGAAUCAUAAGCUGUUUGAACUUGUCAUGGACUGUUACGCUUUUAUGCAGUCGAUUGGGUAUGAGCCUGAUAGGACUUCCUUUAGAGUCCUAGUCCAGGGCCUUGAAUCCAAUGGCGAAAUGGGCUUAUCGGGUAUCGUUAGGCAAGAUGCUCAUGAGUAUUAUGGCGAAUCGCUCGAGUUUAGUGAUGAAAUUGAAGACAUUUCUAGUCUGUUGAUCCCACAAUGGAGAAGAUAAAAGUUUGGAGCUUAAUAGCUUGAAAUUUGAUCAUACUGUAUGCUAAUCUCUAUAAAGUAGACCACCAUUUUUCUAUCUGAUUUGGUUAGCCCGCAAGGCUGUUUGGUAUUCGAUCAGAUGAUGCUUUGAGUCUUUGUAUCUAAAGACCAGCCAAACCAUUUUAUCUAUCUAGGCAUUAUAAGUUGUAACGUAGGAACUAGUAAUGUUACCGGUAGCAUCAGAGAAGAUAUGAA